AUGCUUGCUGAUGCAACCAUCUUGGCCGUAUUGCUCGGGGGUCUUGUCCCGGCACAUGCAGCCGCUUUGACGUUGGAACACCGCUCCCUUAGCUCUGGUAACUCGGUUGCAGUACCUGCCUAUUGGAACGUGUACGGCUAUCUGUUCAAUGUCACUGUCGGUUCGCCUCCCCAGAAACUUACGAUGCUGAGCGACAUGACAUGGAUGGCACUCUUUGUGCGAUCUGGGCGAUGUCUCGGCCAAUUCCAUCCUGACCUCUGUGCGGGACAAGAACAGCCAUUCUUCAACGAGCGUGACUCGGAAUCGUUUAGCAAUGCCUCCUUUGCUCAGACGACGUGGCCCAUCACAGCCUUUGCGCCCAACUUCACCGUAGACUACGGGCGAGAUGAGGUGUGCAUUGGACAUCUCUGCAACAGCGAUACGCUUAUGCAGGUCUCCAACUUCCCGUAUCCUGCGAGUGUCGUGCCUGCAGUCCCGUUCGGUGGCAUCUUCGGCUUGGCCCCUCCGCCAUCCAAGCAGGCCGAAACAUCAGAACCUGCCAACUACCAAGCAUGGCAGGAGGACAACAUGGGACCCUUGGUUGGCUGGCACACGUGCGCCACGUUGGCCUCAAAGUCAAGCUGCCAAGGGGGUGAUGCUCAACUCGUCUUUGGGGGUACAGAUACUGCCAUGUACGAUACCAAGCAGUUGCAGACCUAUGGGAUCCGGAACCCAGAAUGGCUCAGCGACGCGUUCUACCCGGUUACGCCCCCGCGCAGCAACUACUGGAGUACUCCGCUUACGGGCAUGUGGGUCAAUAGCGAUGGAAAGAAGUCAAAGAACUUUGCUAUUCCUUUCAAGGCUGUCAAGGGUGAUAAAACGACACCCCCCCUGGCUGUCGUGGACGAAGGAUCUGAAGGACUGGGUGCUCCACUCUCCCUCAACGGUUACAAGUACCUUGUCAGCAAGACGGGUGCCAAGCCGGCCUCCACCGCUGUCAUCGAAAAGAUCCUAAGCCAGGGAUCGACUGGAUACAACACCGACAUGCAGGACUGGUACACUCUAUCGUGCGACGCUCUGGACAAAUAUCCUGAUCUCGUCUAUGAGCUUGAUGGAGGGAAGAAGUACACAAUUACUUCAAAGGAUUACGUAACGCGUUUGGAGAACAUGCCUGGCUCUGUCUGUUAUCUCAAUGUUAAUGUGUGGAAGUAUGGGCGCACGAGCGCUGGAAACGCCAAGGUCGUCCUCUUGGGUAGGGCCUUUCUGAAGAGGCAUUAUCUUGUGCUUGAUUUUGAGGAUCGCAGUUUUGGUCUUGCGCCGCUUCGUAGGAAGUAA